UGGAAGGGGCCUCGUUAAAAUAUUUCAUAUUUGUUUAUGCGUAAACUGCAGUAGAAAGCCAUUUUGUUUUAAUAUUAUCUGUGUUAUUUAUGUUUCUAAAGAAAAAUAAUAGGAAGUAAAUGACAACUUCCGCUUAGCGCCUCUGCAAGCUCUUUUCCUCCGCGAGGUUCAUGAUCAAAAUAAAAGAUAAUAGAAACUCAUUGUGAUAUUUAGUUAGAUUAUCUCACUCUUUAACCUGUUGUUGUCCAAACGGGAUAGAAGCGGUAACUCUUGAGAUCAUUCUAAUUUAAACAACGUGACACAUAGAAAAAAAAUACAAACAAGUAUACAAACAAUGCAUUUAAAUGACCAAAUUUUGUAAAGGUCAUAUAGGCGACAAGGUUAUGCAUGAAAUUAAACAGACAACGACAUUUUGCAGACAAGAUCAACUCUAAUGUAGGCAUAUUUACAUGCCUACAUAAAUGCUAAAUUAUUGUUGCUUAAAGCAUUUGCUCUUUGCUGCUUUCCAGAUCAACAUCUCAGUUGCCCUUCAAAUGAAAAAUUGCGACUUUUAUUGUGAAAGUCCUACUUAAUCUUACCCGGAAGUGUGUCUCACUAUUAAGCGACGUUCACCGUGUGUCCGACGGGAUUAAACUACAUUUUAAACUAGUUUGGUUAAGUUAUUAUUAGUUGCAGUUUACAGAGGAAUCCCAACAACUGUCUAAAUAGUGAAGAGGACGUCUAGGAGAGUUUUAAAGUUGUCUUGAAGUGUGUCUCACUCAUUGGAGGCUACUUCUGGACCAAGCCUGCAGUGACUUCUGAAAUAGUGUUAAUUGUUCCUCGUGUACAGAUGCUUCAUGGUGUAGAGCUGUAGAUGCCCACGAUGAGUCUACAGACCCUGUCGCUGAGGACGCUGCUGUUCCUGGGGCUUUGGCACAGUGGGAGAAGAUGUUUAGCUUCAGCUCCAGAGUUGAAAGCUCAGCCCAGGAACAUUGCUGUGAUCGGAGCAGGCAUUGGCGGCACAGCGGCAGCACACUACCUGAGGCAAGAGUUCGGACCUGGGGUCAAGAUCGACGUGUUUGAAUCUGACACUGUCGGAGGGCGGCUCGCGACGGUCAAGAUCGGUGAUCACGAGUAUGAGACGGGGGGCUCUGUGAUCCAUCCUCUGAACCUACACAUGAAGCACUUCAUUGAAAAAUUAGGUAUUCCUGUGAGGAAAGAGGUCCCAUCUCGAAUGGCAAUCUUUGAUGGAAAGGAGUUUGUGUUUGAAGAGAGUGAUUGGUUCAUCAUAAAUUUCUUCCGCAUGCUCUGGCGGUACGGGUUCCAGUUCAUUCGCAUGCAAAUGUGGGUGGAGAGUGUGUUGGAUAAAUUCAUGAGAAUCUACCAGUAUCAGCAGUUUGGCUACUCAUUCACCAGCGUGGAGAGGAUCUUGCAUGCCAUGGGAAGUGAUGGCUUUCUCACCCUUCUGAACCAGACUCUGGAGGAAGCCAUGAUGGCCGAAGGAUUUUCGCAGGUCUUCCUCAACGACAUAGUCACGCCGAUCACUCGCGUCAACUAUGGCCAGAGUGUCCGCAUCAAUGGCUUCGUGGGGGCGGUGUCACUAGCCGGCGCAGAUUCAGGCCUUUGGGCAGUGGAUGGAGGCAAUAAGAAAGUUUGCAGUGGACUCUUGUACCGCAGCAAAAGUGAGCUAAUCCCCGCCAGAGUGACUUCCAUUGUAUUCAAGGUUCGCCCAUCUAAGUCAGGCGUCUCAAGCAGUUUCUAUGAGGUGAACUAUGUCGAUGAAUCGGGCUCGGCACACUCUCUGUACGACAUCGUGGUCAUAGCAACGCCACUUCACCAGGGGAAGUCUGACAUCGCAUUCUCGGGCUUCUCUCCUCCCAUCCCAACUCACUACCCGGGGAGCUACCACCAGACUGUAGCCACCUUGGUCCACGGCAAGCUCAACGUGUCCUACCUGGGGUCUACAGGGGAGGCUUCAGAUUUCACCGUGGCUGAUGUCCUCACCACGGACUCUAAAGACUCUGUCAUCCACAGCCUCAGCUCUCUGACCCCUGUCCACAUCCCCGAGGGUUACCAGCGAAACCCCGGCAGCCACUCUCACGUCUGGAAGAUAUUCUCCCCACACCCGCUGACGAAGGAGCAUCUGAAGAGCAUCUUCCUCUCGUACGAUUCGGUGUCUGAAACCAAGUGGCUGGCUUACCCUACCUACCGCCCGCUACAGCGUAAGACCCCUCCUUUCAUCUUGCACGACCGGCUGUAUUACCUCAACGCCAUAGAGUGGGCAGCAAGCGCCAUGGAGAUGAGCGCCAUCGCUGCCAGGAAUGUGGCCCUGCUGGCCCACCACCGCUGGCACGAGCAGGUCGGCAAGAUCGACCAGGAAGACCUGCACACCCGACUAAGAGGAGAACUCUGAACAGUGACAACGAGAGGGAAAUACUUGAAAGGCAGUUAUUUAUAGCAAUACAAAACAUCAUUCCUAUAGAUCAGAUACGACUGUACUCACCAAAGUAAUUGCUGAAAUCUGGCAACGUGGUGACGCUAGAGCUGUGAAAUUAGUUGAAAUUUGUCUGCCGCUGUCAAGGAAAGAUGCUAAAGUCUAAUGGUUUCAGCUUCUCAAAUGAUAAAAAACUUCGUAAAUUGAGGAAGUUAAAAUACUGACAUAACCACGGGGUCUGAAAACUGACGUUAAUGCGGGAGUGGUUUAUCGCGUAAUCGUGGUCCAAGAAAACCUGUCGAUUUAAUAAACUCAGUCCUAUUCAGAAAUUAUCAACUUCAAACUUUUCACAAGUUAUUACAGUGUCAUUAGCUAAAUUAUCUUCUUUUGGAAAUAAUUAGCAGAUAAAAUGCCCCAAAGAGAAGUAUAUAAAAUAUAAGGCUCCUUAUCUCCUGCUUCUUGUCUAAAUAUGUUUACUUCUGCUUCCAGAAAAACAAAAAAAGCCACUUUUGCAGAUUCCAGGAGUUGUCUGGGAGAGUACAGAAAAACAGACCAGUUGCAACAUUAAGCACAGUAUGGGAUUAAAGUUAGAGGCAGCAACAGUUAGCACAAGUCCCAACGUAAGCUGGAAUCAAACUGUGCUGUGCUGAUGUGUAGAAACACUGUGAACUACUCCACAGGGUAGAUGCAUACGUGCCCCUCUUUGUAUUUUUAUAUUGCGUGUUGCUCCUUAUGAACAUGAUGCCGCAGCACGUUAAAAAAUCCUGAAGCCUUAAGACAGAUUCUUUUUUUAUUUUGUGCACUAAUAUAAUAAUAACCUAACCUUUGCUAAUAGGUUAACGUUUCCUCCAAUUUCUACCCAGUCUUUCUAUUUCUUCUGUGAGAGAGUUAGUUAGUAAGUAUAUUUACUAAUAUUAUUAAUUUGACAGUGUCCCAAAAGUUAACAGAGGGUGGUGCCUUAAAGAUAUCAGAGUAAUUAAAUGAUACGUUUCAGUUUAGAGAUCCUGCGUCCUUUGGGACUGCCUGGGUCAUUUUUAAAGAGACAGUCGCUAGCUACGACCAAAUUGAUCUUUGCAUUGAUAUAUUUCUAGAUUUUGUUAUAUGUUCAUGAAGGAUAAUUGGAAAUUUUCUCUACAAUCUCUCUCAAUCAAAUGUCAUGUUGCUAAGAGGUACUUUACCUACCUAAACUUAACUAAAAAAAAAAUAAAGUUUGCUUAUUGUUUAAUGGUGCAUUUUCUAGAUUUUUGAACAAAAUGUAGAACAUUAACCCUGCACUUUAACAGAAAAAAAAAUGAAUCCGUUUUACACAUUGAUCUCAGAAUAAACUUAGAUAAUUCUGAAACUUACCUGACUACUGUAUGUUCGGUGUGUUUACAAUCACAGUGACGUGACGAGACUUAUUGUAUUGACUGAUUUGUAUGUUCUCUUUUUAUUUUGCUCCAAAACUUUCGGCUGCAAAAUAAAACCCUCAAAGAUGUUGA